UGACCCGAAUGCGAAAAGAAGCGGGUUUUUUUUCCGGAGUCCCGAAAAGCAAAGUUUUUACACAUGUAAAACGAAAGAAAGUGACCGAAUAGGACUGGAUUUAAGGAGAGGUACCAAUAACUAUCUUUCGGCAUAUGGUCAUAUGUAGGAAGUAAUACCUAGUGAAUUAAAGUACGCACAAACGUCUUUAAUUGGGCGGCAUGAGAUUGAGAAUCAAUCAUCCAUGCUGAAUUAGUGAAUACCUCCAUGACCUCCAGGCUCCAUUGUCCAUGCUGAAACUACACACUUCCUUUAUCCGAUAUGAAAAAAUCUUCGUACACGGUUAUUGACCGAGGACACAUUUCAAAUGAUUUUCGAUUGAUAUCCAACAAAAGCAAGAAUCCAGUGUACCUGACAAAGUGGAAAAAAUCUUCAGGAGAACAGACAGUUGCUGCAAAGUGCUGCCAUCAUUUUCAUGAGGACGAAGCUGCGAUUUUGGCAAGGUUAAAUCACAAAAAUAUCAUUAAGUUCUUUGGAGUUGUUCUGCCAACUUCCAUAGGGGAGAGUCACAUCAUUGUGACUGAAUAUGCAGAGGAAGGUUCUUUACAUGAUGUGAUUGCCCGACACUGUGAACACUGGCCCGAGUACAUGCAGAUAGAGAGUCGUUGGAUGAAGUGGGCCCAGGAUGGUGCCAGGGCUCUGCAGUUCAUUCAUCAGAACAAGUACCAACAUGGGGAUGUAAAAUCGCCCAAUUUCCUUGUCACCAGCGAUGGCACACUUAAGAUAUGUGACUUUGGCAUAUCCAGAAAAUGUGAGUUAACCAUCAGCACAGUCAGCAAUAGGGGAUCUUGGCCAUGGAUGGCCCCGGAGGCCUUCGGCAGUGUUGCAUAUGAUCCCCAAAGCACAAGGAAACCAUGCAAGGUCACAACCAAAUCAGAUGUGUUUUCUUAUAGCAUUGUCAUAUGGGAAAUAAUGUCUGGUCAGGCCCCCCAUCCCGGGAAACAACAGAUUCAGAUUUACAAAGCAGUAGUUGAGAGAAAGGAACGCCCUCAAAUUCCAAGUCAUUGCCCAGAACACCAACAAAUGAGCGAGCUUCUAAAUAAAUGCUGGCAAGCGGAAUACAGAAGCAGACCCACUAUGGAUGAAGUUCUGCAAACCCUCCUUGAUAUUGACAAAAGCAUGAGGGAAAGUACAUGUAUAACACAAAGCAUAAAUAUCAGUAACUGA